GUAACUAGUGACGACCGAGGAGGCUGUUGGAGCAACAUGGCGCCGCACAGCAAAGCAAUCCUACACGCCUUAUCGUCUCACGUUACCGGAGCUUGUCAGAACUGAGGGGCGAUCAGAGGACAGACGACCACCACAUUGGCACACCACCGAGCCUUGCUCCCAUUCCUGGGACUAAACACGGUUCAAAGUAUUUCUGUACAGGUCCGAGUGCGCCCAUGCAGAACCACAUGAAAUGAAUAAAGCACCACAGCCUAUAACGGGACCCCCCUCUGCCACCCACCCUGCCCCCUCCCCCGGAAUCCAACAGGCCACCUUCCCUCCUGGACAACCCCCUUCUGUUGUCUUUGCCACCCCACCUCCACAAAUGAACCCAGCACCACAGCACCGACAGUUUGCCCCCGGGCCCCGUGCUUUACACCAACAGGGAGGAUUCAGGUCACUGCAGCCGUACUACAGCCGGCCCAGCAAUGCCCCCCGGGUGCCCCCCAGCAGCACGCCAAGGCCUGUGGCGUCCACACACGUCUACCAGCCGGGCCAACAGAUGAUGAUGAUCCCCUCACAGCAGAUCCCCUUCCCCAACCAACAGGGCCCCGCCUACUUCAUACCCGGACAGUACCGGUCAACGUACGUGGCCACCCCUCAGCAGUACCCGGUCCCACCGGGCACUCCAGGCUUCUACCCAGGCACCAGCCCAGCUGAAUAUGGUACAUAUGCAGGGGCAUACUACCCGGCCCAACAGCAGUACACGUCCUCCGUGCCAGCUGCUCCGGUCAUUAUGAACCCCCCCCCCCAGCAGCAGCAACCACCUCCACAGCAACAGAUCCACCCCAAAAGGGAGCGCAAACAGGUACAGAUCAUAAUACGAGACCCUAACCAGGGUGGUAGAGACAUAACUGAGGAGAUUAUGUCAGGGGGCACCCGCAGUGGCACCACGCCCACACCACCACAGGUGAGCGACGACUCUUCAGAGUCGUCGAUAUCUGGAUCAGAGGGCCCAGCCGUUGGCCAGGCCGACGGGGAGAACGUGACAACUGUCGUGGUCAGACCAGAUGACCGAGGGAAUCCUGCAGCCACUCUCAUAACUGGCCCCCCAGCCCUGUCUAAAACCCCUGAACUGGUCAAGACUUACCCUGCCCCAACAAAGGUCAAACUCCCAGACACAAACAGUAAAUCCCCUUCCUUAUCCCAGGACCUACACACCCCCCUGUCGGUAACUACCAGCCACCACACUACUGUCCCUACUACCCCCCAAACCUCAACUAGUUCCAUUGCAGACAUGAUGGACGCUCCAGCCGCUGUUCCAACUCCAUCUGCCCCUGAAGUGCCCGCUUACCCUGCACCCCUGCCUGAACCCCGCCCCACUCCUGCAGCUGAGGAGCAUCCCUCAGCUGCCAAGGAGGAGCGGGAGGAAGUGAAGAUUAAAGAGGAGGUGACUACAUCAUCCAAACCUGAGCCUUCCCUUGCUCCAGUGAUCACCCCUAGCAGCAGCACUAAUGGUAUCUCUGCCACCCAGCCACCCCCAGCCAAGGAGGAGGAGCCAGCAGCCCUGUCCAUCAACAUGCCCACCCCCCAGGCAGCAGAACCCCCCCCGGAGUCUCCCAUCGCCCAGCCAGAGGAGCUCAGGCUGCCCAAUGGCCUGCCGCUCCCCAGCCCCCAGGACCCUGAGAAGAUGUCUGCGGAGUUGUCGGAGUGUGACGUCAGCCCCAUUGCUGAGCCUGAGGUGGCUCAGUUACAGAGCGAGGCACCCAUGCCUAAACUGACGCAUGUUGCAGUCACAGCAACGCCCGCCCCCGUUGCCCAGGCCACGCCCGCCCCCGUUGCCCAGGCCACGCCCGCCCCCGUUGCCCAGGCCACGCCCGCCCCCGUUGCCCAGGCCACGCCCGCCCCCGUUGCCCAGGCCACGCCCGCCCCCGUUGCCCAGGCCACGCCCGCCCCCGUUGCCCAGGCCACGCCCACCCCCGUUGCCCAGGCCACGCCCGCCCCUGUUGCCCAGGCCACGCCCGCCCCUGUUGCCCAGGCCACGCCCGCCCCUGUUGCCCAGGCCACGCCUGUCCUAGCUAAGACUGCUACUACUACAGUUGUAACUGCUCCCCGUGUAGAAGACGAGAUGGACUCUCCACCACCACAGAGCACCACCCCAGCCGGGGAGAGUUCUAUGCAAGCUGCUGUUUCUGUGCCAAAAAAAAAGAGGAAGAUGAAGGAUCUGAACAAGAAGGAGGCUGUUGGAGACCUCCUGGAUGCCUUUAAGGAGGAGCAGGUAGUGGAGAGCACUCCUGAGCCAGAGCAGGCCACACCCACUUCUGCCUCUGACGCUAAGGAGCCCCGCCCGGCCAACACCCCUGCAGUCGAAGAGGUGGAUGAGACGUGGGAGGAGAAGGAGGACAAACUGGAUGCAGAGAAUAUCGAACCCAAGCCCGAGGAUCUGAAGUACCAAUACAAAGAGGAACUAUGUAGGCCUAUAGACCCAGAGGAGAAGAAGAGGUAUGACAGGGACUUCCUGCUGGGCUUCCAGUUCAUCAGUGCCGCCAUGUCCAAGCCUGAGGGCCUGCCUCAGAUCAGUGACGUGGUGCUGGACAAGGCGAAUAAGGCCCCUCUCCGCCAGCUGGACCCCAGCCGUUUGCCAGGGAUGAACAUGGGCCCUGACUUCACACCGUCGUUUGCCAACCUGGGCAGGCCUGGAAUGGGAGGAGGUGGAGGUGGCCACAGAGGAGGACCACCCUCUGGUAUGGGUGGUGGAGGACCGCGUCGCUCCCAACAGGGUCAGCGUAAGGAGCCCAGGAGGAUCAUCAACAUCUCUUCGUCUCUGACGGAAGACGUGAAGCUCAACAAGGCUGAGAAGGCCUGGAAGCCCACUGUCAAGAAGGCUACCAGUGGGCAAGCUGCUCCUGAGGAGGAGAGCGAUGACUCGGAACAGGCCAAGACCCAGGAGCUGUUCAAGAGGGUCCGUAGUAUCCUGAACAAGCUGACCCCUCAGAUGUUCCAACAGCUGAUGAAGCAGGUCACAGAGCUGACCAUCGAUACAGAGGAGAGGCUGAAGGGAGUGAUAGAUCUGAUCUUUGAGAAGGCCAUCUCUGAACCCAACUUCUCCGUGGCCUACGCCAACAUGUGCCGCUGCCUUAUUGGGCUCAAAGUCCCCACCACAGACAAGCCGGGAGUCACUGUGAAUUUCCGCAAGCUGCUUCUGAACCGCUGUCAGAAGGAGUUUGAGAAGGACAAGGACGAUGAUGUUAUCUUUGAGAAGAAGCAGAAAGAGCUGGACGCUGCAGCCACGGAGGAGAAGGAUCGCCUGAAGGCAGAGCUGGAGGAGGCCAAAGACAAGGCGCGGCGGCGGUCGCUAGGCAACAUCAAGUUCAUUGGUGAGCUAUUCAAGCUGAAGAUGCUGACGGAGGCCAUCAUGCAUGACUGCAUCGUCAAGCUGCUGAAGAACCACGAUGAGGAGUCACUAGAGUGCCUCUGUAGACUCUUGUCAACUAUAGGCAAGGACCUGGACUUUGAAAAGGCAAAGCCACGUAUGGACCAGUACUUUGCCCAGAUGGACAAGAUCAUCAAGGAGAAGAAGACAUCAUCCAGAAUCCGUUUCAUGCUGCAGGACGUACUGGACCUCAGGAGGAACACGUGGGUCCCCAGGAGAGGAGAGCAGGGCCCCAAGACCAUAGACCAGAUCCACAAGGAUGCUGAGCUGGAGGAGCACAGGGAGGUUCUCAAGGUGCAGCAGCAACUCCUCAACCAGAACACCCGAGGAGGAGUUGGAGGACGUGGUGGUGGAGGAAGAGAUCAGGGGAGCCGCGGGGGCCAACACCCCCAGACGGGCCAAAGGAGUCAGCCCCAGGACGAGGGCUGGAACACAGUUCCCAUCUCCACCAAGAGCAGAUCCAUCGACACCAGCCGACUCAGCAAGAUCACUAAGCCCGGGGCUUUGGACUUCAACAACCAGCUGCUGGCGCCCCAGCUCGGGGGUAAGGGCAUGUGGGGCAGCUGGGGCAAGGGCAGCAGUGGAGGCACCACCGGAGCCAAACCCGCUGGUGAAGCCACCCCAGAGUCAGGAGGCCGCCCAGCCACCAGCACCCUCAACAGGUUCUCAGCAUUGCAGCCACAGCAGCCCUCCUCCUCAGGGCCCUCACAUGACUCGGACAGAAGAGUUCCUCAGAGGAACAGCUCGAGCCGGGACCGUGGCAGCGACAGAUUCGAGCGCCAUGACCGUGGCAGCAACGACCGCUUCGACAGGCGGGAUGACCGGCGAGACGACCGGGACAGGAACCGGCCCCCGGUCACCAAGCGGAGCUUUAGCAGGGAGACGGUGGAGCACAGCAGAGAGAGGGAGCACAGCGGCCCUGCUGAUCCUGUACGCCGUGUAGCCAGCAUGACCGAUGAUCGGAGCAGCAGAGACCGAGCCAGGAGCAAAGACAAUGUGAAGAGGGAAGCUACUCUGACCCCCCCUCCUGCCCAGAACAAACCUGCCUUGAGUGAAGAAAUGCUGGAAAAGAAGUCCACAGCUAUCAUAGAGGAGUACCUACACAUCAACGACAUGAAGGAGGCGCUGCAGUGUGUGGUGGAGAUGAACAGCACACCGCUGCUCUUUGUAUUUGUACGGAGUGGUCUAGAGUCCACUCUGGAGCGCAGCCCCAUCGUCAGAGAACGCAUGGGCCUGCUGCUACACCAGCUGUACAAGGCAGGGACCCUGCCCAAAGAGCAGUACUACAGAGGGCUUCAAGAGAUACUGGAGGUGGCGGAGGACAUGGCCAUAGACGUCCCCCACAUCUGGCUCUACCUGGCUGAGCUUAUCAACCCUAUGCUUCACGAAGGAGGCAUCCCCAUGGGACAGCUCUUCAAGGAGAUAUCCAAGCCCCUGGUUCCUCAGGGGACGGCUGGAAUUCUGCUGGUCCAGAUCCUCACCUUACUCUGCAAAGGAAUGAGCCAUAAAAAGGCAGGCGCCAUGUGGAGGGAGGCGGGGCUUAGCUGGAAAGACUUUCUGCCUGAGGACGAGGACGUCAACAAGUUUGUGACAGAAAAGAAUGUGGAGUUCACCCUGGGAGAAGGAGGAGAUGAGACAGAGAAGAGCAGUAAGAAAGAGCUGAGCUCAGAGGAGCUGAACAAACAGCUGGACAGACUCAUACAGGACAAGGCUGACAACCAGAGGAUCUAUGAUUGGGUCGAGGCUAACCUGGACGAGACGCAGAUGUCCUCCAACAUGUUUGUCAGAGCAGUCAUGACAUCCAUCUGCCAGUCAGCCAUCAUCUGUGAGAACCCUUACAAGUUGGAUGCGAAGGUGAUCACCCGGAGGGCCAAGCUGCUCCACAAGUACCUGAAGGAUGAGCAGAAGGAGCUGCAGGCUCUCUACGCCUUGCAGGCCCUCAUGGUGGAGAUGGAGCAGCCUGCCAAUCUGCUGCGGAUGUUCUUUGACACGCUGUAUGAUGAGGACGUGAUCAACGAAGAGGCCUUCAACAAGUGGGAGUCCAGCAAGGACCCCGCAGAGAUGCAGGGUAAGGGUGUGGCCCUGAAGUCCGUCACCGCCUUCUUCACCUGGCUCCGUGAGGCCGAGGACGAGGAGUCUGACAACAGCUAGGACCUGCUCACCAGCGCCCCCUGACCUCUGGGGAGACCUGGAGGAGGAAAAAGAACAUCCUGUUGAUGAUGAUUCAGGAACACGGGGCUGUUAGAAUCAAUCAAAUCCUUCAGCGUUAAAAAAAAAAAAGAGGAAAAAAUCAUCUAGGAGAUUCUACUACGGAUUGAACAUGCAAUCGUUUUCUGUUUUCUUUUCUUCAUUUUUGUUUAUUUUGCUGCCGAAUGUCUUUGAACUAAAUUGAGAAAGUAAUUGCGAGAGCGAUAAGCAUUACAACAAGCUGUAGGGGUGGCUGUUUCCUUCAGUGUUUUGAGGUUUUAUCCCUUGUUUUAAAGGCGUCAUGUUGCCGUAGCAACACUAUUCAUGAUGUUUAGCAAAACAACAAAUUAAAUCCCCAACAGACCGAACUAAUAAAGGCUGCUCAUAUAUAUAUUUUUGAUUACAUCAUAUAUCCUGUUGAAUGAGACAUGAUGGCCAUCAUGUUGAAUGUAUGAUUCUACACGACUCUGUCAGUGAUUUAGCUCUUUCUUUUUGAGUUCAGGAUGAUUGAAGUGUUUCUUUUUUUUAGAUAAAAGAAAAUAUGUAUAAAGAAAAGUGGACAUGCUGGAGCUCGCUUUCUUUGAACAUUACAGUGUGGAGUCUUUGAGACUCUUGUGGACUUCCUGUCUGGUGGAGAGGGACAGUGGGGCAAUGGACAAUGACCUUUUGCUGCUGGGGGUCACAAUGCUUCCUUAUGGCCAUGCUCGCCAACCCCAAUUUGUCCCGUGUUACUUUUUUCCUACACUUCCAAAAACUGUGGGUCUGGAAAGGGAGAACGGGCUUGCAACGAUGUGGAUUUUUAAAAAGAGAAAAUCAUAAUUCAAACUUGAAAGGUCUAUAUAUAAAUCAUCUUUAAAGAAGCAAUUUCAAAAGAGUAUAAAAUGACAUUCACAGUACGUUUCCUAAGGCUUUUUCUGCUUCCGUUUAGUGGAAAUGCAUUUCAGGAGAGUUCUGUAAUAUAUUGCUUUUUUGUUUUUCAAAAAUAAAAAUUCUAAUGUUAUGCCAUGUAUUUUUUUUCUGAAACAAAGUGGCAGUUCUCUGUAUUUAUAUUUUUCUCUCCUCAGCUUGUAAUGAUCCACCUGAAGUCAUUGAUUACAAUUUAAUUGAAUAUUUUGUAAAUACUUUUUUGCUUUACUUUAUGAAGUAUUUAAUUAAGAAAAUGAAUGCCUCUUUUCAUAUCUAAAACUGGAAAAGAUAAUAAAGAACAUUGCAAAUAAGA